AUGGGAACCUUUAUUGGUCACGUGUAUCCAGGGCUGUUUCUAGUCUUCUAUGGACUGUAUCAGGCAAUAGUGGUCUCCAAAGCUGCGAUACUCAAUGACUCUCUCCUGUAUCCUUCAUGCCCUCCCAGGAACAAGGGAAGAUGGGCCAGGCUGUGGAAAAUAUCCUGUGGAGGUUUGUUGAAGAUGGUGACUGGCUCCAUCUUGAUAGCUUAUGAGAUCAGCUGUGUUACAGGGGGGUUGAAGCUGAUGAACAGGGAGCUGCCACCGAGAUUUAUGUACCCCAAACAGUGGCAGCACCUCACCAUGUUCAUCCUCCUAACCCUCAAUGGCUGUGUAGAUGUCAUGAGCAAGAACUUGUUGCCUCAGAGAUGUGUAGUCCUAGAGAAAGGUACCCUGGUCUUGACUUUCUACGUGCUCCUGCUGCUGCUGGUGUCACAUGUUCAGGACUCAACAGGGGUAGAGCUGCACAUUCAUUCUCUGCUCAUCUUGGUGGUGUUCCUGCUGAUGUUGGUGUUGACCGUAGAGCUGUGGGCUCCUGAAACAUUUCACCUCUCAUUGAUUGAGACCUUUCUGUUUCUCAUGAUGGGCUCCUGGCUGAUACAGGCAGCCUUUAUUCUGUACAGACCAGUCACUGGCUACCCAUGGCAGGAUGAUGACAUCAGCGACAUCAUGUUUAUCACCACCUUCUUCUGCUGGCAUGUGAUGAUCAAUGCUUUGUGCCUGUUGGGAAUCUAUGGCGUCUCUUCCUUUUGGCAUCGUUGUCACAGUCCCAGCUUGAAGCCGACAUGGUCUAAAGAAGCUCCACGUGACACGAGCACGGGAGGACCCCUCUACAAAUUGCUGCAGGAAGUGGAGCAGGCAGAGAAAGACGAACAGGUUCUUCUCCUUUCAAAGGGCUCACCCUGA